GGCACUUGGUAGACCUGCUGCCCCCAAGCCCCUUUACCCAGUGUGGAAGUGGCCAGGCAUCCUGAUGCUCUGGACGUGCCGAGUGCUCUGUCCCCAAGCCGGCCCCUCCGCUGGGGGCUGGCAGCCCCUCAGUUUUGACGGGGGGGCCUUCCACCUCAAGCGCACAGGAGAGCUCACACGGGCUUUGCUGGUGCUACGGAUGUGUGCCUGGCCCCCUCUGGUCACCCAUGGGCUGGCGCUCCAGGCCUGGUCUCAGCGCCUCCUGGGCUCCCGGCUCUCGGGCGCACUUCUCCGAGCAUCCAUCUACGGGCAGUUUGUGGCUGGUGAGACGACAGAGGAGGUGAGGGGCUGUGUCCAACAGCUCCAGACCCUCUGCCUCCGGCCCCUGCUGGCAGUGCCCACUGAGGAGGAGCCGGACUCGGCUGUCAAGACUGGUGAGGCCUGGUACGAAGGCAACCUCAGCGCCAUGCUACGGUGCGUGGACCUGUCACAAGGGCUCCUGGAGGCCCCAGGCCCGACUGGGAACAUCCUCAUGCAGCUGAAGAUGACGGCGCUGACCAGCACUCGGCUCUGUAAGGAGCUAACCUCAUGGGUCAGAAGGCUGGGGGCUUCCUGGGAGCUGAGCCCCGAGAGGCUGGCAGAAGCCAUGGACUCUGGGCGGGGCCUCCAGAUCUCUUGCUUGAAUGCCGAGCAAAACCAGCAUCUCCAGGCUUCUCUGAGCCGCCUGCACCGGGUGGCACAGCAUGCCCGGGCCCAGCGGGUGCGGCUCCUGGUGGAUGCUGAGUACACCUCGCUGAAUCCUGCCCUGUCUCUGCUGGUGGCCGCCCUGGCCGAGCGCUGGAACCGCCCCGGGGAAGGCGGGCCCUGGGUGUGGAACACCUACCAGGCUUAUCUGAAGGACACACACGAGCGGCUGAGGCGGGAUGCUGAGGCUGCAGACAGGGCUGGCCUGGCCUUUGGAGUGAAGUUGGUCCGAGGGGCAUAUCUGGACAAGGAGAGAGAGGUGGCCCGGCUCCAGGGGACCCAAGAUCCCACUCAGCCUGACUACGAGGCUACCAAUCAGAGUUACAGCCGCUGUCUGGAGCUGAUGCUGGCCCAUGUGUCCCAUCGUGGCCCCAUGUGUCACCUCAUGGUGGCUUCCCACAACGAAGAAUCUGUUCAACAGGCAACCAAGCGCAUGUGGGAGCUGGGCAUUCCUCUGGAUGGGCCUGUCUGUUUUGGACAACUUCUGGGGAUGUGUGACCACGUCUCCCUGGCACUGGCAAUUCCGGGCCAGGCUCCCAUCCAGACCCUGCGGCUGCCCAGCUGCCAGACCCUUCCAGAUAGGUCUGUUGUUCCCGUAGCUGAAGGCCUGAAGCCUGUGUCUGCAUCUGCUGUCUGCGACUUCUGCUAGUCCUUGGUCACGGCGUCUUGGUUUCUGGGCCUUUGUUGUCCUCACCCUGUUGCUCCCCAGAGCCUCUGUGUUUUCUUCCGCCAGGCGCUAAGGGGUACAAAACCCCUGUACCCUAAAUUCACAGUUGAGGCUUCUUGAGACAUCCCAGGGAUGCAAAUUUGGGCUGGGAAUAUGUGAGGGGACUAAUACAUGGCCACGAGCUCUCAGAGAUGGUCUCUGUUCUCUCCCCAGCUCUGCCUACAGUCAAGGCCAGCCCGGGGUGGGGGGUGGGGAGACGGGGGACCGUUACUUCUUGUUAACUCUGACGGUGCAGAUUUUGGGGUUUCAGCUUAACUCCUUAACUCCAGAAGUUCUCCUUUAGGACUCUCACCCCACUCAGGCUUUGGGGCUCCAUUUCUUUACCCCCUCAACUCUGAAGUCAUCAAAUAACGGCUCAAUUUUGCCCUCAGGGCAGGAGUGCUUCCGGUGCAUCCUUUCCUUCUCGGAGAUCUCACUUUCUCUUAAUUCUUGGAUUAGUAAAUUAUUCUCUUGGCAGCAUUUUAACAACAUUGAGAAGUUUUUUAAAAUGUUUACCUCAAGUUUUUUUCGGUGGGGAAUUUUGUCCAACUCGCCCAGUCUGCCACGUUCUCAGAAAUGGAAGUCUCUGUUCCAUAUGGGGUCUGGGGAAGCCUCUCCCCAAACAUGAGCC